UGAGGAUCGUUAACGAGCUGAAAAGUGCAAAACAAGAACGUUGCAAGCGAAAGCAGAAGACGAGAUAGCAGUGAACGCUAGCCACGCGUCUCUUUGGUGCAUAUUUUUAAAUGCGGAGCUCGUAAAUGUCACUGGAUUACGUCAUAUGCAUGGUAGUUAUUAUCGCAAUUCGAAGACGAUAAACUCUCACGAGUGUUGUUCCGUUCGCCUUCGUGUUUCUGCACAAAUUUGGAGCCAUGGGCGAUUCCUCGUUGACGGAAGAUACUGAAAUAAUUAUAAACAAAGAAGAAUGCUAUGAGGUAAUAGAUGAAUGCAUGGAAGUAGAAACAUCUGAAAUGGCAAAAGAUUCACAAGCACAAGAUUCACAGGCACAAGAUUCACAGGUACAAGAUUCACAAAUACAAGAUUCACAGGUACAAGAUUCACAGGCAGAAGUUACAACUUGUCCAAAAUCAGAUAUAAUGCAACAAGAUCCUGAAACUAACACUGUUGGCAUAAAAUCUCAAGAUAAUACAGAUAUCACAGAUAACACAGAUAAAUUGGUUCCAGUAAUGAUGGAAUGUGAUCAAGAAUCAAACAAUGAUACAACUGAUUUUACUGCUGAUAUUGACUUAGAUCAGUUUGAUGGACAAAAGGAUGUAACAGAUGAAGAUGUGAUGCAUCAUUUGGAUGUGAUAGAAAAUAUUGAAUUAGAUCCUGAAACCUUUUGUGUGGAUCAAUGUAUGAAAGAAAUUAAUCAAUCAGAAUUGUUUGCAAAAGAAAGUGAAGAACAGGUGGAAGAUAAAGAUGAAGUAACAGUCAUUGAAGAAGAAUUUAUAGAGGUUAAGUGGUAUGAAAAGAAGCUUGCAGAGAAAAAUAGUCUUUUAAAAGAAAGAUUAUCAAAGUUAGCUCGAGUGUUAACAGUUUCCUAUCCUUCUUACAAUAAAUGGCUAGAAAGAAUACAGAAGAUAGAAGGAUCGCCUAUUUGUAAGAUAGAUCCAAUUCGACGUUGUUCAUUAAAAAAACCAAAUACUAAUCGAUGGAAAUUUCAAUGCAGAAAGAAAAUACAGGAAUCUAUAAAACCAGAUGCAGACUCUCCUGUUAAUAAUUUCAAAUCAACUUGGAAUCUUGAACCAAUCGGAAUAGGAUCUGCUACUGCCCCUCAUAUAACUGAAUUUCCAUCUUUUGUAUUAAAGGCAGUUAAGAUAUUUGAAGAUUUUCUUCAAACAACUAUAUCUGCGACUGAAGACACAACUCAAGACACUUCUAAUGAAAAUCUAUCAGAUGACACAUCUAUGGAUAUUGACACGAAGAAAGAUAAAGAUAUAGAUCAAGAUAAAGACCAACAUUGGUUGUGUUUGUUAGUACGUUGCAAUAGCAAGGAUGAACUUAUGCUUUUUGCAACCGGGAAAAAUAUUAGUCGUAGCACUAUGGAUCGUUUGAAACAGACAUAUGAGUCUGGUUCGGGAAGGAAUUGUAAUGUCAAAUCUCUCUAUUGUAAAUCGAUGAACAAACGCGAUGAUAAAAUUGUUACAACAUUCUUAGUGGGAGCAGAAGCUCUAGAUGAAAUCGUGGGUAAUUUGAAAGUGCAGCUUGCGCCAAAGACGAACUUUUGGUGUAAUGCUGCUGGUGCAUGGAAUGUAGCUAAAACAGUUGCGGACAUGCUUGAGCCCACAAAAAAAAUUACAAUACUUGAAAUUGGUUGUGGAAUAGGUGUAAUUGGACUUACAAUAGCAUCUAAAUGUCGAGAAGUGAUAGGAGUUGAUUCACCUUCGGAAAUAGAAGAGGCUGAAAUGACAUGCGAAUUGAACAAUAUAUAUAAUGCAUCGUUCAUAAUGGGAUCUCCAUCCGAAAUUGUAACUAAACUAAAUUCUGCGCGUGAUUUACAUAAUAAAAAUCGUGUGACUUAUUGUAUAGUCAAUGCGGGCACCAAUAUGGGUAGAGCUAUCGAAGUAAUGACAUGCUUAAGGAAGAUCAGUUCUCUUCGACGUAUUGUAAUGGUCACUACGUUGACAAAACAAUCAGUUCGAGCAAUAUUAGAACUUGCACGGCCUAUAGAAACUGGGCUCGGUCAUCCAUUCAUGCCAAUUCGAGCAUGUGUCGUCGAUACAUUGCCUACGGGACCUCAUUUUGAGGUAGUUAUUCUAAUGGAACGUAGACUCAUGCAUAGGCUUACGCAGCCAUGGUUUAUCAAAAUGCUAGAGGAAGAAAGCAAAACGUUGGCUAAUACUAAAGUUUUAGAGAAAAUAAUCAAUAAUGACAAAUCUGAAAAUGCUGAUGCAUGGGUAAGAAAGAAUCCCUUAGCUAAACCUGAACUUGUGGAAAAAUCUAAAGCGUUACACACGAAAAAAAUAACCAAAGCAGUGAAAAGCAGUCCUUUACCAAUAAAAGGUAAACUAAAAUUGAAACGAGACCGUUCGCCCGAUAUAAUAGAAAUUAAUAAAAUACCUAAAAAAAUUGAAAAGAUUGGAUCUAAAUCUAAAGUGGGACAACAGGAUGUUACAGCUAAGAAAAAGACCUGGUUUCAUGAAAACUCAAACCUUCGCAUCAAUCCAUUAUUUGAAAAAAAAACAAGGGAAAUCAAAGAACAAGUUGAUUUAAGAGAAAAAUUAUUGAGUAACCGAAUUGACACAGAUCUAAUACAGAAAGUAAAUGAAAGUCGAGAAAUACUUGAAGCAGCCAAAGAAAAGUUAAGCGGUCCAUCUCCUACGGUUGAUGCAACGACCGCUAAAGAAUUAAAAAAUGUAUUAAGUUUGGUCCUCGAUCAAACUAAUAAGAUUCAGGCUCAUUUGCCACGUUCAGUGUGGGAUCGCAUUGCGCCACCUGAGCCUGAGUCAAAGACGCUUGAUGAUGAUCCUCUUUUGAAAGGUCGAUUUGUACAAGAAACUCGUGCACAGGAUAUCGUUAUUACGACAGCGAACAAAGAAUACUUGGAAACAGAGGACAAUAAACCAAAAUUCAAAAAAUAUCAUAACCUUGCACCAUUAGAGCCAAAUAUGAUAAUGCCAGUAUCAAAAAAAUUUAAAUCCGACAGACCGGAAUUUCCUCAAAAAUCAUUUGACAACAGAAAUAGACAACAAAACCAAGAUAAUUUCUGGAAUAAGAAUAAAAAUUUUGAUAGAAAUCGUUGGAGCGAUACGGGAUCUAUAAAAAGACCUAUUUCUCCAAUGAAAAGACAAAAUUUAUCAUUUACACAACGAGCAUCUCCAUCAGAUGGAUUUUCAUCAAAACGUCCGUUAUUGUCACCACCGAGACGCUUAUCGCCGUCUAGAAGACAUCUUUCUCCAGAUAGAUCGUAUCAAGUACGUAAUUCUCCAUCACAUCGAGAAUAUUCUCAGAGACGACCAGUAUCGCCAAUAAGAGUAAUGGUAUCUGAUAGAGAAAGACGUGAAAUGUCGCCGCUUAGACGUCCGUUUUCACCGAUUAAUCGAAUGUCUUCGCCAAGACGACCGAUGCAAGUUUCAGGUCGACCAAUUUCACCUAUGAGACGGCACAUAUCGCCGCCAAGACCACAGUUAUCUCCACCUAGACGACAAAUAUCUCCGAUGGAAUAUGACUUAUCUGCGAGACAAUUGUCUCCGGAAAGAAGACCUAUGUCGCCUAUUGUCAGAAUGAUGUCUCCAUCAAGACCAAGAGACUUGAUUCCACCGCGGCAUCAGUCUUCUCCCAGACACUUUUCGCCACAUCAAGCACCACAUAUACGUAAUGCUUCGCCUCCAAGGCGACAGCAAUCUCCUCCGAGGCGACAGCAAUCUCCUCCGAGGCGACAGCAAUCUCCUCCGAGGCGACAGUUAUCUCCUCCAAGGCGCCAGAGCUCGCCACCAAAUAGAUUUGCGGAUGAAUGGGACAUACCAAGUCGGGGUGCUAUUGAACAAAGCAGCACUUGGCAACGGUCCGUUAAUGAAAGACCGGAAAACAUUUGGCGUAAUGAGAGACAAUCGACAACAAGCGGAAAUUGGCAGACUUUGUCUGAUAAUGACAAAUAUCGCAAACCAACUAAUCAAGAUAAACCCUGGGAUGGCAGAGAAUCUUCAUCUCAUGGAAAUUCAUGGAAUGCAAAACAAUCAAAACAACUUGGAAAUAUAAAAGAACCUUGGCAGACUUCAGACAAUAGAUGGUCCGGUCCAUCCAGAUCGGGAAAUGGCGAAAAUUGGAAUCGGGAUAGUUUGGGACGCAACAAAGAACCUUGGAUGAAUACAAACAAGCCACGAUGGGAACAGUCGCAAUCUAAUGAUUGGAAUCACGGAGACAAAGACGAUUGGAAUGACCUUCCGGAAGACGCAAGGGACCCUUGGGGGGAUGACGGCAAUCUUGGAUUGAACAGGACCAUCGAUAAUCAGGCUACUUCGUCGACCAAUUGGUCUAGAGAAAUUGACAAGGAUCCUUGGGGAAAAUCCAAAGAUAAUUGGCAAAACAAGUCGCAGACAUUUCCAGCGAAAUCGUUAUGCCAAAACAGUAAUAAUCCGAGUAUAAACGACUCACGCUGGUUGCCUUUAAACGAUAUGAAUAAGAAGGUAUCAUCAUCAUCUACUAACUGGCAAGGAGGCACUAACGUUGGAUCCAACAUUGGGACUAACGUUGGAUGGCAAUCAAAUUAUGGUUUUCAGACACCGCAGCGAUCCUUUGUGCCCAAUUUGUUUAAGGAUCGACGUUAGUUAUAAGAUGUUAGACAAGAUAUUUUAAUGUUACAAAAUAAUAAUAGUUUAGCAUCACUUUUGAACAUUUCGGUUUAUAAAGCAAAAGCACAGAUUAAUUGAAUUGAAUGGGUAUUAAAAACACAAUGUAAAACAAAUAUGCGAUAUCAAAUAAAGU